AUGGAGCCCCCUAGCAAACGCAAGCGAUCUGUGGUUUCUUGCACGGAAUGCCAUCGACGUAAGCAGAAGUGCGACCGCCAGCAGCCUUGUCAACGCUGCAUAAGGAGAGAGAUGCCAACCCAAUGCUAUUAUGAGUUGCCUGAUACUCAGGCAAUGGUGGUGGACGAUGAUCCCACAGACCUGGCCGCGACGAGUGCUUCACAAUCAUUGAGCGGCCGAACCUCUUCCCUGAAGGGCGCUGUUUCGUCAUCUUCCACCACAAGCGACUAUCUGGUAUGCAAAAACAUGGGCUACGCUCCAGCAAAUAUAGGCACUCUCAGCAUCAUCCAAAGCCUUGGGGCGAUGACCGUCGAGCCGAGCGAGAACUUCCCAAGUCCAAGCGGCGAUGCAGUUGCUCAGUUCAGGGCCCUGAUGCGGCAGCUGCCACCCCAGAGGCACAUUAAUACACUGGUAUCGUUCUUUUACAGGGAGCUCUCCUGGCAAUACGAAAUUGUCGAUGAGAAUAUAUUUCGCCAGCAACUGAGCUCGUGGAAUCAGGUUCCUUACGCUGCACGAAACCAGCCCUUCCACUUGUCCCCAGACCUGCGCCAAUUUCCGGCACUUCUGUUUCAGCUUCUAGCUGAGGCGCUGCUAUUCCAACCUAUGAGAUAUGACGAAAGCCUUGAGGAUCUCCGACACGCACCUGGCAUGGAUCUCGCCGACGUUGCCGCCGAAUUUAGUGACGCCGGGCAGCAAGUUUCUGCUGUUUUUGGCCCAAGCGAGGCCACUAUGGUCAAGGUACAGGCUGGCCUUCUUCGAGCCUGCUUCGAAAAAAACACAGGGUUAGUGGCUGAGGCAUGGCAUACGCUUGGGCAAACAAUUCGAGACGCCCAGGAGCUUGGGCUACAUCGUUUGACGCUGUCGGACGAAUUUUCUGCAGAUCAAGGAAACCAAGCAAGGGCGGGCAGAAAAUUGUGGCUCAUCCUGCAUCUCUGGGACGGCCAUAUGGCUGUUGUCCUAGGCAGACCCAUGGUUACUGAUCUUGACCCAGAAUCAGCCCCGUCUCCAGACUGCCAACCUAACCAGGCCAACGAAGACAGUGAUUCAAUCUCUAUCACGCCUUUCAACAUGAUUCUGUGUGGAUACAAUGUAGCCUACAGAUAUCUUCGAGACAUUCAUGACCUCAAUUCAACCACGCCUCCAAACAUAGGUGAUAAAGUUGAUGCUAUUCACUCAGAAAUUAUGCAGAACCUCGACCACAUUCCCUCUUGGGCAAAAUUAAAUCCUCAGGACCAGGAUUCUAACUAUCCAUGGCUACAUGCCGCCCGCGAAACCCUUCACACAGAAGUGCACUUUACACUCCUCGCUUUGCAUCGACCAUUCAUUUUUCGGCAGCCGCACAGCCGCAUCCAGGCUUUUACGGCCGCUACACGAGUCUUGGAAUCACAGAGCCGCCUCUUCGCGCUUACAGAGCCUCGCCAGUACCCAGCCUUUGGCUUGGUGUUUGCCACUUUUGAUGCAGCUGUCAUCGUGGCCGCUACACAUAUAAUCUUUCCCCAAGAAAAUCAGGAACAGCUUGAUUCAUCGCUCAAAAAUCUACAAUGGUCUCUUGAGCGCUUUUUUGUCAUGAAACGUCAAAAUAGGCUGGCUGGAGUAGCCCACGUCGUUGUGAAAGCAAUGUACGGCAAGGUUCUCAAUACCACGCUAGCUUUUCAGAGUGCACUACAACAGAAUUGGGCCGCUGAGGGCGAGCCUACUGGCCAAACACAACACAGUUUCGCCUAUGAAACGAGCUCCGAUGAUAUGCAGCAAAUACUGGCUGUCUCGCAAAGAGUUCAUGGAAUCAUGUCACCGCAGCCGCUGAGAGAUCUCGUGUUCCAGGACUCCACUGCGGGUUUACAACCUAUGGAGGUCAUGGCUUGCUCACCAGAGCACUUCCCCGAGCAAGCUGUCACGGACGAUGAAUUUUGGCGAAUUAUUAAUAGCCUAGGGUAA